CCUAAUGUUUCGCUUCCCGUAGGGUCCGGCGGGAGGAGAGGAUCAGGCAGAGGCCGCGGCCGGAGGGCAUGGGGGAGAGGCGAUGGCGGAGACAGCGGCGGACGGAGGUUUGAGUGUUUGACGGCCCGCGGAGAGCAGGGGGCAAUGGCGUCAUGUGUAGGCCGCCUCGUGGCAGGGCGCCAGCCGGCAGCCGUAGGGGCGGCGGCGGCAUGAGGGGCGGGAGCAAUGUGGUGGUGGAUCCGCACAAGCACAAGGGCGUCUUCGUCGCUAGGGCCAAGGAGGACGCGCUCUGCACCAGGAACAUGAACCCCGGCGAGUCCGUCUACGGCGAGAAGCGCGUCUCCGUCCAGAAAGAGGAUGGGACAAAGGUAGAGUACAGGGUGUGGAACCCCUUCCGAUCCAAGCUGGCUGCUGCUGUGCUUGGCGGUGUUGACAACAUCUGGAUUGCUCCUGGCCAGCGUGUGCUUUACCUUGGUGCUGCCUCAGGAACAACUGUGUCUCAUGUGUCUGAUAUUGUUGGACCGGAAGGGUUGGUCUAUGCUGUUGAGUUCUCUCACAGGAGUGGAAGGGACCUUGUCAAUAUGGCCAAGAAGAGGACAAAUGUCAUUCCCAUUAUUGAGGAUGCCAGGCACCCGGCAAGGUACCGGAUGUUGGUUGGCAUGGUUGAUGUCAUCUUUUCUGAUGUUGCUCAGCCAGACCAGGCUAGGAUCUUAGCCCUCAACGCCUCUUUCCUGAAGAGUGGCGGCCACUUUGUGAUCUCGAUCAAGGCUAACUGCAUCGACUGCACAAUGGCUGCGGAGGCUGUGUUUGCCAGCGAAGUGGAGAAGCUCAAGGCAGAGCAGUUCAAGCCGGCCGAGCAGGUGACCCUGGAGCCCUUCGAGCGCGACCACGCCUGCGUCAUCGGUGGCUACAGAAUGCCCAAGAAGCAGAAGCCGGCAGCGGCGGCGUCUUAAGCUCUGAUGAAAGAGUUCAUUGCCUAGAUAUUUAAAUAAAUGUCUAUACAAGUAUACUCAAAGUCAAGAGUUUUUGAUUGAGUAGGUCUCAAAUUAGAGAAAGUUUUGCUCAGGUCUAGGAAAGGUUUUAAAGUUGGGUUUUGAGUAGGUCUCAAUGCUUAAGGUUGAGUUUUCAGUAGGUCUCAACUCAAAGAUUAGUUUUGAGGAGCGAGGUCCCAAGUAGUAACUUGGUUGAGUGAGUCACGAUCUGAAGCGCCAGGUUUUGCCAUAUUUUACCGGAUCUGAAGUGAUGUGGUGGUGUUCAAUUGUUUUUGACCCUUGUGUAGCUGAAAUGUAUAUAUGUCGGCUGC